CAAACUUGCUCCUGAGAGAGUAUAAACAGCGAUGCAGCGAUCAUUGAAAGCUAUCGUCUCAGCGCAACAGGCACCCCACGCAUCCUGAACUUCUCCGAAUACAACUCCAAGGCAAAAUGGUGAAACGUGUGGCAGUGAUCCUGGCCGGCUGUGGCGUGUAUGACGGCUCGGAGAUUAACGAGGCCUGUGCAGUGCUGGUGCACCUGAGUCGCGCAGGAGCUGAGGUUAAAGUGUUUGCUCCAAACGAGGACCAGAUGCACGUGGUGAACCACUGCGAGGGGAAGCCCCAGACGGAGAAGCGUAACGUGCUGCAGGAGAGCGCGCGCAUCGCCCGAGGGGACGUCACGGACCUGGUCAAGCUGGACGUGGCUUCCUUCGACGCUCUGGUCAUCCCAGGUGGUUUCGGCGUGGCCAAGAACCUCAGCGACUGGGCCACCAAAGGGAAAGAGUGCUGCGUAAAGCCCCAGGUGGAGAAGGUGAUCAAGGGCUUCCACGCCGCCGGCAAGCCCAUCGCCAUGUGCUGCAUCGCCCCCGUACUGGCCGCCAAGGUAUUGCCGGGAUGCGAGGUCACCGUGGGCCAAGACUGCGAGAGCGACAAGUGGCCCUACGCAGGAACAGCCAAAGCCCUGGGUGAGCUGGGCUGCAAACACGUGAACAAGAAUGUGAAGGAAGCCCAUGUGGACCGGAAAAACAAACUGGUGACCACCAGCGCUUUCAUGUGCAACGCUCCCGUCCACGAAGUGUUUGAUGGGGUUGGCGUCAUGGUUACUGAGGUUCUGAAACUGGCAUAAUCUAUAAGAGACAAGAGUAACACUUAACUUGACGUUGGCGUCAUUUGUGUGUCAAAACAGUGUCAUAACAGUAUUGUAACGCAUGUGGACGCCACAUGUGCACGUCGUCAUGCAUGUGUCAUAAACAUUAUGUCAAUGUCUUAAACUUAUGAUUAUGUCAUUAAGUGACAUUUGUUUAUGGCAAAGACAGCCCUAACAAUGUCAACUUUUAAUGACCAUAGAACGUUUAUGGCAUUAACGUUAUGUUUAUUAUUUUAUGACCUCUUCAUGGCUGUGUCAUGGGACUGUUUUGACAAUAUUAUGACAGUGUUAUGCCAUAUGUAUGAUGCCAGCGCCAAGGAAAGUGUAACCAAAGAGAGUUUGAAGGUGGCACAUCAGGGCAUUAUGUGUGUGUUUGUUGCUCAUAUUGUUUCAACCUAUGGUUGUCUUUUUUAAAUGCAGAGGUCCAGUCAUGUAUGGAAGGGUGUUUAUUGCCUUAAAUAUGUGUUUUGCUUCUGUUGGUGUAAAAUACUGAUUAUCAAUAAAAACGAUUUUGAUUU